AUGACUGACCAAAUCACACAUAUGGCUUCAAGCUCAGAAAAUCUUGAAAAUCUUAUAGAAAUCACAGAAAUUUAUGAUAUGUUUAAGAAAUAUGUUGAUCUUAAAUACUUAAAGAAAGCUCGCAAAAAGACGAGAGAAUCUAUUGUAUUUCCAAGUGAGAAUAAAGGAAUUCUGCAAUCGCCGAAAUCUUUUUCUAUAAAUGAGAUUGAAAAAUAUAAAAGAUAUCAGUCUUUGCCAUGCAUUUUUGCUAGUCUUGCUAUUUCGACUAAUAGUAGUUCUUCAUCAGGCUCUAAAAUAUGUAAAUUCUAAACAGAUUCUCCAGAAGAAUGCCAAUUCAUAUUUAUAGUCAUUUUAUAUAAAUAAUUUACUAUUAUUAGCUAUUUAUUUGUGUAUUAUAAUUAAGAAAAUGGCUUAUUAAUUUUUCGCCACAAAUAAUCCAAGUGAAGCAGAAUAAAAAUUUUUCAAUUUUAUUUUUACGCAAUUUCUCUGAAGGCGGGUCAAGAACUUCAGAAGAAAAUCCUCAGAUUCACAUAAAAAAUAUCAUUCAGCACUAUUUAAACUGUUUUAUAUCAUCACAAACUUUAAUGAGCAUGCUUACAUUCCCCUUUAACAAUUCAAAAUGAAUUGAUAUGAAAACUUUUUUGCAAUCUAUAGAAGCAAUUCAUAUGGAUCCUCCGGAUAAAAAUUCCUUUUUCUAUAAAGAGCCAAGUAACACCUCUCGCAAAAAUUUUACAAUGCAAAAAUUGUUAUGUAAUUUUUAUAUAUAACUUUCUUUGCUGGCUUUUUUUUUAUAAAAAAUAAAUAUCAAUAAUCCUCUAUUAAGUAUUAUUGAGCAUAGUUUUCUUUAAACUUACAGAAUUUUGUGGAGAAAAAAACCUCAAAAAGGAAAAAUUGCAAAUUGCUAUAUCAAUGGCUUUAAAGAAAACAAAGCGAGGCAGAGAUUGUGAAAUAGUAGCUGAUUGAAUUUUCGAAAGAAUGAACUUAGCUGCCAAGGUUAAAAAAGAUUCAAUCACAUUUGAUGAGUUUUACAGAAUUAUGAAAAUUGAUAAAUAA